AUUUUUUUUUUGUUUUUCUUUUUAAUGACGUUCGUUUGUACAUGCUCGAAUGUAUUCAACGAAGAUUCCUGAAAUUAUUUCGUUUUUAUCAGGUGAAGAUGAUAUAGAAGAAACUGGAGGUCAAGUUUCGAAUGUUACCCAGCCAGUGGAUGGUUCAUCAGAUGCAGAAGAAUCUCAGAGAUUAGAGGAAGAUGAUGAUUAUGAACCAGAAGAAAGGAAGAAGAAGAAAGGAAAAAAGCGAAAAGCACGCAGUGAAGACAAGAAGGGAAAGAAAAAGAAGAAAAAGAAAAAAUCUGAUUCCGGAGAUGAGAGCGAUUUUGGAGGUGGUGGUGGUGAAACAGGUGACGUAGGUGGAGAUGACAGUGACUAUGCAGGAAACAGAAAAAGUAGGAAAUCUUCGUCAAGAAAGUCAUCUAGUCAUACAGCACCAGCUCCUCCAAGUCAGGAGCCUACCACAGGCAUGCCUACCAUUGAAGAAGUUUGUAAUACCUUUGGAUUGACUGAUGUACAGAUCGAAUACACUGAUGCAGACUUCCAAAACUUAACAACUUAUAAAUUAUUCCAACAACACGUUAGACCUCUUUUAGCAAAGGAGAAUCCAAAAGUACCAAUGUCAAAACUUAUGAUGUUGGUAGCCGCCAAAUGGCGCGAUUUCUCCGAAUUGAAUCCCCAUACGCAACCCGAUGCAGACGUAUCAUCUGCUAAUGUUGACGAAGAUAAUAGAAAUUCAAGGUCGAAUCGUAGCGGUACAGUACAAGAAGGCGAGGACGAAGAGGACGACGAUGAGGACAGUGAUAGAAAACGAAAAUCGAGAGGGUCCAGAGCCAAAAAAGGAAAGAAAGCGUCUAAAGUACCCACAUUGAAAAUAAAACUUGGAAAGCGUAAACGAGGAAGCUCGGAUGAGGAAGCAGAAGGAAGCGGAGUCGGUACCGACAGAGACUCUGACAUGGAAUUUGAACAGAUGUUGGCUGAUGCGGAAGAGCCGUCUGGCGCGGAUGGAACAAACAAAGGGAACAUCGAGGACAGCGGGGUUGAGCCACCAGCAGAACCCCCAGUCCGUAGGAAGGCAAAAACUAAAAUUGGUAACAAGACUAAGAAAAAGAAAAAAACGAAAACUACAUCCAAGUUUCCGGAUGGAGAAGAAGGUCUUCAGACCGAUCAUCAAGACUAUUGCGAAGUGUGUCAGCAAGGUGGUGAAAUCAUAUUGUGUGACACAUGCCCUAGAGCAUAUCAUUUAGUAUGCUUAGAGCCUGAAUUAGAAGAAACACCCGAAGGGAAAUGGAGUUGUCCUCAUUGUGAAGGAGAAGGUAUUGCAGGCGCAGCGGAAGACGACGACGAACACAUGGAAUUCUGUAGAAUAUGUAAAGACGGCGGCGAAUUGUUAUGCUGUGAUAGUUGUACUAGCGCGUACCACACACACUGUUUAAAUCCACCGCUCUCCGAAAUUCCCGAUGGCGACUGGAAAUGCCCCAGAUGUUCUUGUCCACCUCUACGUGGGAAAGUAGCAAAGAUUUUAACGUGGAGGUGGAAAGAGUGUUCAGAAACACCCUCGGAGGAGCCUUCUACGAGCAAAGCUGCUCCCAAGCAGCGUAAAAUCCGCGAAUUCUUUGUAAAAUGGGCGGACAUGUCAUACUGGCAUUGCGACUGGAUUACAGAGUUGCAAUUGGAUGUUUUCCAUCCACUUAUGUUCAGGAAUUACUCACGAAAAUAUGACAUGGACGAACCGCCGAAGUUGGAGGAGCCAUUGGAUGAAAGCGACUCUCGCGUAAAACGACUGAAAGAACAGGAUGGUGCUACGAACAGAGAUGAAUACAACUUGGAAGAACGGUUCUAUCGUUAUGGUGUUCGACCGGAAUGGCUCGUGGUGCAUCGAGUAAUUAAUCAUCGACUUUCACGAGACGGCAGGGCAACGUAUCUAGUUAAAUGGAGGGAGUUAGGAUACGACCAAGCUACUUGGGAAGACGAACACGAAGAUAUUCCGGGCUUGAAACAGGCAAUCGAGUAUUAUCUGGAUCUCAGGGCAGCGAACUGUUGCGACGGUAGUUCCUCGCGCAAGGGCAAGAAGGGUAAAGCUAAAAAGUCGAAGACUCGUGAGCUUAUCGACGAUGAAGAAAGAACACCUAAAAGAUACACUCCGCCACCGGAUAAACCUACCACUGACCUCAAAAAGAAAUACGAGCGACAACCAGAAUACUUGGAUCAAACAGGAAUGCAAUUGCAUCCUUAUCAAUUAGAAGGAUUGAAUUGGUUGAGAUACUCCUGGGGCCAAGGUAUAGAUACUAUUUUGGCGGACGAGAUGGGUCUAGGGAAAACUAUUCAAACCAUUACUUUCCUGUACUCUUUGUACAAAGAAGGUCAUUGCAAAGGACCUUUCUUGGUUUCCGUGCCUCUGUCAACUAUCAUCAAUUGGGAACGUGAAUUUGAAACCUGGGCACCUGACUUCUACUGUGUUACUUACGUUGGUGAUAAGGAUAGCCGUAUCGUGAUUCGUGAGAACGAGUUGUCUUUCGAAGAGGGUGCUGUACGCGGCGGUAGAGCGUCGAAAAUCCGGUCUUCUCAAAUCAAGUUCAACGUGCUGCUUACCAGUUACGAACUCAUUUCUAUCGACUCCGCGUGCCUGGGAUCCAUAGAUUGGGCUGUGUUAGUAGUAGACGAGGCGCACAGAUUGAAAUCCAAUCAGUCGAAGUUCUUCAGACUUUUAGCGUCCUAUAAUAUCGCGUACAAGUUAUUAUUAACUGGUACUCCCUUGCAGAACAACUUGGAAGAGUUGUUCCAUCUGCUAAACUUCUUGUGCCGCGACAAAUUCAACGACUUAGCUGCGUUCCAGAACGAAUUCGCUGACAUUUCGAAGGAGGAGCAGGUGAAGAAGUUGCAUGAACUCCUUGGUCCUCACAUGUUGAGGAGGUUGAAGGCUGACGUAUUAAAGAACAUGCCAAGUAAAUCAGAGUUCAUCGUUCGCGUUGAGCUGUCGCCGAUGCAGAAGAAAUACUACAAGUACAUUCUGACGAGAAAUUUCGAAGCGUUGAAUCCCAAGGGAGGAGGUCAACAAGUAUCGCUUCUAAACAUCAUGAUGGACUUGAAGAAAUGUUGCAACCAUCCUUACUUAUUCCCGGCCGCGUCUCAAGAAGCGCCAACUGCGCCUAACGGUAGCUACGAAACGUCUGCGUUGAUCAAAGCUGCUGGCAAAUUAGUAUUAUUAAGCAAAAUGCUGAAAAAGUUGCGGGACGACGGCCAUAGAGUACUGAUCUUUUCGCAAAUGACGAAAAUGUUGGACAUUCUUGAGGAUUAUUUGGAAGGAGAAGGUUACAAGUACGAGAGAAUCGAUGGCAACAUCACAGGCGCUCAGCGACAAGAGGCUAUAGACAGAUUCAAUGCUCCCGGUGCGCAGCAAUUCGUUUUCUUGCUUUCCACUCGCGCGGGUGGCUUGGGCAUCAACUUAGCCACAGCCGACACUGUGAUUAUUUACGAUUCCGAUUGGAAUCCGCACAAUGACAUUCAAGCGUUCAGCAGAGCUCACAGGAUCGGUCAGGCUAACAAGGUGAUGAUUUAUAGAUUCGUCACCCGUAAUUCCGUGGAGGAACGAGUUACACAAGUAGCGAAACGCAAAAUGAUGCUGACUCAUUUGGUCGUUAGACCUGGAAUGGGUGGGAAAGGUUCGAACUUCAGCAAACAAGAACUAGACGACAUUUUACGAUUCGGUACCGAGGAAUUGUUCAAGGAGGAAGAAGGUAAAGAGGAUGAAGCAAUUCAUUACGAUGACAAAGCCGUCGCCGAACUGUUAGACAGGAGCAAAGAGGGUAUCGAGCAGAAAGAGAAUUGGGCCAAUGAAUACUUAAGUUCCUUCAAAGUUGCGUCGUACGUAACCAAGGAAGGUGAAACAGAAGAGGAAGCAGACACCGAAAUUAUCAAGCAAGAAGCCGAAAACACGGAUCCUGCUUAUUGGAUCAAACUAUUGAGGCAUCAUUACGAACAACAGCAAGAAGAUAUUGCUAGAACACUUGGGAAAGGUAAACGAGUACGUAAACAGGUGAAUUACAACGACGGAGUAGUAACCGGGGAACAAGGGACAAGAGACGAUCAACCUUGGCAAGAGAAUUUGUCCGAUUAUAACAGCGAUUUCAGUGCGCCGAGCGACGACGACAAAGAGGACGAUGAUUUCGAUGAGAAAGGUGACGGAGAUCUAUUAUCUCGCAGGAGCAGACGAAGAUUAGAAAGGAGAGACGAAAAGGAUCGACCUCUUCCGCCGUUACUUGCACGAGUGAAUGGAAACAUUGAAGUGCUGGGCUUCAAUGCCAGGCAAAGAAAGGCAUUCUUGAAUGCGAUUAUGCGUUACGGAAUGCCACCGCAGGACGCAUUCAACUCUCAGUGUAUAUUGUCGCAUUUUAGGCUGGUACGGGAUCUCCGCGGUAAAUCGGAGAAGAACUUCAAAGCCUACGUGUCGUUGUUCAUGCGACAUCUCUGUGAGCCAGGCGCCGAUAAUGCUGAAACAUUUGCGGAUGGCGUGCCGAGAGAAGGUCUCAGUAGACAACACGUUUUGACGAGAAUCGGUGUGAUGUCAUUAAUUAGGAAAAAGGUUCAAGAAUUCGAGCACAUAAACGGGUACUAUUCGAUGCCUGAAAUGAUCCGGAAACCAGUCGAACCUGUCAAAGUAGAACCUGGAGACGCGGCAACCGGUACUAGUAGUACCAGCGCUACACCAGCCACUUCCAAUGCCCCUAGUCCAAGUCCAGCCGCAACUCCAACUCCAACUUCCGCUUCUGGAACCACGGCCAGCGAUGCCAGUAAAGCAAAUUCCGAUACGGCUGAAGUGAAAGAGGUGAAGGAAGAACAGAAAGACAAAGAGAAUGCAGAGGUAAAGGAUCUAAAAGAAGAACCUAAAGAUUCAAAGGAGGAUGAAGAGAGCAAUGCUGAGAAGGAUAAGGACAAGGAGGAUGUGAAGAAAGAAGAGAAAGACACGGAGACAGAACCAAUUGACAAAGAGAAAGAUAAAACAGAGACCAAGGACGAAAAGUCCGCGACGAAAGAAGAGAAGUUAGAGAGCAAUGAAAGCAAACCGAAACAGGACUCCGAAGAAGAUGUAGUCAUUGUUAAAGACGACGAGGAAGAGACCGAGAAGCGAGAGGACAAGGAUAACAAGGAAAAGGACGUGAAGGAUUGUGAUUCGGAGGUGAUGAAGCCCAAACGAAAAUUCAUGUUCAACAUUGCUGACGGCGGGUUCACGGAGCUGCACACAUUGUGGUUGAACGAGGAGAAAGCUGCUGUACCUGGCCGUGAAUACGAAAUUUGGCAUCGAAGACACGACUACUGGCUAUUAGCUGGUAUAGUCACACAUGGCUAUGGUCGUUGGCAAGACAUUCAGAAUGACAUCAGGUUCGCCAUAAUAAAUGAACCGUUCAAGAUGGACGUAGGCAAAGGUAACUUCCUAGAAAUAAAGAAUAAGUUUUUAGCUCGACGCUUCAAACUGUUGGAACAAGCGCUAGUGAUAGAGGAACAGUUGAGAAGAGCCGCGUACCUGAAUCUAACGCAGGAUCCUAAUCAUCCUGCGAUGAGUCUAAAUGCGAGAUUCGCUGAAGUCGAGUGCCUUGCUGAAUCCCAUCAACAUCUUAGCAAAGAAAGUCUUGCCGGUAACAAGCCAGCGAACGCUGUAUUACAUAAGGUACUAAACCAAUUGGAAGAACUAUUGUCCGACAUGAAAUCGGACGUGAGCCGUUUACCAGCGACUUUAGCUCGCAUUCCACCUGUUGCGCAAAGACUUCAGAUGUCUGAGAGAUCGAUAUUAAGUCGAUUGGCUGCGACUGCGCCAGGUGGCAAUAGUUCUCAAUCGGGACAAGCAGCUCUGUUAGCACAACAAUUCCCUGCAGGUUUCUCUAGCGGUCAAUUGCCAGCCACUUUCGCGGGGGCAGCCAAUUUCGGCAAUUUUAGACCACAAUACUCAGUACCAGGUCAACCUCCACAAGGAUUUACAGCUUGAAAUGUGAAUGGUUGACGAAAAGUGGCUCAAUUUGAAUAAUUCAAGGUGGCAUGGAUCGCACUACCUUGACACGAAAUCGUGUGCACUGUAUUAUUUUUCGUAAAUUACGAUUUUUAGCUGAAUUUUCAUUAGAGAUGCUAAGAUUUCAAAGAAACUGUAAUAGGCGACACAUAUUACACAGCAUACAUGGGCGCGUAAUAUCUUAACAUCUAAAUUACGUUAUUUCUUGUAUUUAUUACACAUGUACAUUCGGCGAUUAGCAUUGAAGUUUUCAUGUUUCUUUUUUGUUUUCUUUUUGUAUUUAUACAUGCGGUCUUUGUAGAAAUCGAAGUAAAUUAUUUUCUUAAGAUAAAUUGAGAGCAUAAUUUAUAUUUUCUUCAUUGGCCGGUGUAUCGUAAACGUAACGAUAAUAAUACCAUUUUACUUAAAUAAGAGAAAAAAAGAACUUAUUUAAGAAACGAAUAGUUUUACGUCGUGGAUCUAAAUGUGCGGUUUAUAGUAAGAUACGCUAAUUUAAGCGGUCGUUUUGCAUAAUUUAUUCCCAACGUUCUUUUUUCUUCAUUGACGAAUUAAUUUUGGAUCGCAUGCUCGUACGAAACAGCGAGAACCAACGACAGAGUACAAUGGCAAUCAUUUUAGUUAAGACUGACGUUGCAUAUUGUAUCAGAGAAAAAAAAAAUUCAUUUCGUAUACUAUACAUUGACUACUGUAAUGCAUGGGUUUAUAUAAACGAGAACUCGAUCA